CACGAUACCAUACCCGAGCCCGCCUUACUUGGGUUACCCACUCCCUCAAUACAGGAGAGAAGCGUCACGUUUUACCAUACACAAUACAGCAACUAACCUCAGGCUUCAGCCGACCCUCUCUCGACCUGUAUCUCCGGCUUUCAUCCUUUCUUGCUUCUCUUCCUUUCUCUCUUCUCCCCCUACACCCGCCUGGAGAGAGAAGUCAACUCCUCCUCAUUCUUCUCUCCUCCUUCUCCUUCUUCUAUCUUCGUCUCCCUUCCCUUCCUCUCCUCCUAUCUCUCAUCCCCCUUUCCCGUCAAUUCCUGUGGAGAGAGAUACUGAGACUAGGUCUCCAGGUGAAGAUACAGUCGACGACAUCCUGUCAGUCGGCCUCAUCUUGUACCCGUUGCACCAGCUCUCCAGUCGAGCCGUGUCCGUCUUCGACGUUUCCACCCCUCGACGUUUGUUAACUCAAACGGCGAACCUUUCCCCCUUAUCUGCCAGUCGAAAUCCAGUCCGUGGCAUCGUCGGCUUGAUUUUGCCCGAUUCAGCUUCUGCCGGUUAGAAGAGCAAAAAGAAGGGUCUUCCUGAUUUCUUUUCCAUUUUUCCCUUUGGACAACGCUUUUUUUCGUGUACAUGAUUCUAUCGCGGUUGUGAUUUGCUGGAAGGAACAGUUUCCAUUCGAAUUCCCGUUGCUUGGACUCGACCUUACCGGAUCCCUUUGAUGUGGAUUUCGAUAUACCGCAGCUUUCUAGCCUACAAAUCGCUCUAGUCUUGAACCAGGACACUUUAGCAGAACUACGGGUUGCGAACUUUCUGGCCAUCCAAAAGGCUCCGAACCCGUUGUCUCGCCACUAUCCAUCCAGCACCCAGAGAUUAUUGUCUCCCCGCUGGCCCUUCCCUAAUACGUUCCAACUAAUUACACUCCUUGAUCAUUUUACCCUAAUUUGACGACUGUCACUCUCUUAAUUCCGUCGUUGCCUGAUAGACACGGUGCUCUUCAGGUCCACUCCUUUUAAUACCCAGUUCGACAUCAUGGCUUACAACAAACGCCCUACGUCAAGCUACCAACCCUGCGACUCGUUCUUCGUGGAAUCAUAUGACGACUUCCCUGUUCCCAGGAUGGAUGCCAAGGAGCAUGCCAAGCUAAUCGCUCGCGAGCGUCAGUAUGCCAUCGCCGAUGAGCUCUCCAGGAUUGCGAGUGAGGAAUACCGUGAGGACGUUCUAUCUCACAUGCUGGACAUGGAUGCUUCUACUCUUCCUGACGUUGAGUCGAUUGAUAUCCAGACCGAGAUCCAGUGGUUCAUGCGUCCCUACCUGCUCGAUUUCCUUAUCGAAGCCCACACUGCUUUCCAGUUGCUGCCGUCGACAUUGUUCCUGACUGUCAACCUGCUCGAUCGAUAUUGCUCAAAGCGUGUGGUCUACAAGAGGCACUACCAGCUGGUUGGAUGCGCUGCUCUGCUGAUUGCUGCCAAAUACGGCGACAAGAAGGACCGUGUACCGACCAUCCGGGAACUCAAGUCGAUGUGCUGCUCUCUGUACGACGAUGACAUGUUCAUCCAGAUGGAAUGGCAUGUUCUGCAAACGCUUGGAUGGACUAUUGGACAUCCGACUGUGGACAGCUUCUUGCAAAUGGCAGUUUUGGAUACCCCGUACGAUCCCGAGGUGGAGCAUCUCGCGCUGUACAUCUCGGAGAUUUCGCUAUUCCACCGUGAGUUCGUCUCGAAGCCGUCAUUCGACCUCGCGAGGGCCUCCCUGGCUUUGGCGCGCUGUAUCUUGAACAGACCUCAACCUCGUCACACGGAAUGGGCUGCCCAGUACGACUCUAUGACCCUGGUCGGGCUGUCACAACAGCUUCACCAACCGUCCCAGGUACUUUCGAGGAAGUAUUCCUCGUCCCACUAUUCCCGGGUGUCCAAGAUUCUUGAGCAGUUCCUCGCUCGCCAGGCAUCAAUUGCUAGCUACACACCACCAAGCCCUCCGUCCGACGUUGUCGCCUCCGAAUCCAAGCCUUAUGAAGGUGAAAUCGGGCUGGCUACUCCUCAGAAGGCCCCUCACCCCUCUAACAUGCCUCACGGCUAUAUCACACCGCCAAUUACCCCUGAAAACGAAGCAUUCGCCAACGGUAAUAAUGCAGGCUACGUCAAGACAGUACAAAUGCCAACCGCUUGCUCUCCGUCCCCAACUCCUUCGCCAAGUGUACAAUAUAUGGCCCCGAAUCACUACCAACAAGAGGCAACAUACCAACAACAAUACCUCCAACCUCAGAUGAGUUUCACCACUGGAUAUUAGGCUUGAUAUCAUCAUAAAGCGCGUCCGCCGUCGUCGACAUCUUGACAUAAUCUUCGAUGUCCCGAUAUGAGGUUUUCCCCCUCAUACAUCGUUUGCCAUAAUUACCCGAUCUGGUUACCUCGACCAACGAACCCUUUUGGAGUUCUUCGGCUGUCUCGACACCGACAUGCCUGGAUUUAUUCAUUUUUUUUUAUCCUACCAUUUCCUUUUUGUCAUUUGCAAAUAAAAUUGCAUACCCCUCUCCUUGUGUUCUAACGUAUCAUAUCAUACCUUGGGUGUACCAAGUUGCAUCUAUCUGCCAUUUGAUUCUUGACAUCUAGCAUUGCAAGCGCGAGCAUUUCGAGUUCACACUGCAUCUAACUGCCUGAAGUUUAUCCAUUAUUCCCUUUCGAAGCCAUUUUGGAGUCCCUGGGCUCGUGUUCAAGUCCCAACUCCUGAUUUCUCAUUUUACCUUGCCCCUUGUCAUCCCCCUCACAACACCUCAUAUAACCCUCAUAAUGUGGCUUCACUCUAUCACCACCCUCGUGUCUACGUGCGCCCACUGAGGAUGCGCACUGUUCUUGGUUUGGUGGGAGGAUCCGUCAAAAAAAAAAGCAGCAAAACACGGAUUUCGCAAAAUGAGCAAAAAAACUAUCAUUCUCCCUCAGGAUAUGGACGUUGCGGAAAAGGAAUGGAGGAUUCAAAAGCAGCAAAAGAAGGAAGGGGCUCUGAGCUUCUCGGCUCUUGAGAUGGAAACUGGAGAGUACGGAUGGCAGUUGGCCCCCCCUCCCCAUGGAACGGCAUAGCAUCGAUCCAUUGAAAAGACGAAUCAAUUUCUCUUUUUCACUUUUGCUUCCAUUGUAAAAUGUUGUAGGCU